AUGGCAGGUGGAUCGCUCUUCCAGGUCGGUCAAGACGUCGAGUUCUGGCGAGUACUUGUGCAUUUGAGUAUUCUAGCACUUAGUCUUGUGCUCGUGGAAAAAGCGCUUCAUCGUAUGGAACACAAAUUCCCUCGUUCGGACAAGUAUCAACACAUGAUUAAAAAAGUUUAUCGUGAACUCAUGGUCCUCGGUUUGAUCAGUCUAGGUCUUAAGAUCUUCAAGGAGACUUCACACAUUGACAGUUCGAGCAAGACAAUACUUGCAUUCCAAGUGGCCGACUUGACGGUAUUCUUUUUGGCCCUUGCCCUCAUCUUGCAGACCACUGCGGUAUUUCACCUACUCCGGAACCAGAAUCGACGAGCAGAACGCGCCGAGCUUCUGACAACCCACGAUCUCAUUGAUAUGAUGGAGGAGGUGGAGGGACCAAGUCCUUCUAUUAUUGAAACACUGUUUUCUUGUGGUCGAGCAGCAAAGAAAAAGAUCUAUAUCAAGAAACUGAUCGAGUUACGUCUGCUUCGCCAUUUAUUUCUUCGUCGCUUUGGGUUUCCUCAGCUCUUUCCAUUCUCAAACUUUUUGAAUCGAGCUCAAGCCAACCAGAUAAGUCACAUGAUUGAAGUCAAUCCGUUGAUGUGGCUUGUGCUACUCGCGGUGGCGUGGGGAAUUUGCGGCUUACUCGAUCUCUUUGAGACGAUAGACACGAAAAUGCCUGAGCGUGAAGAGCUAGUGGAAGCAUUUAUGAUCGUCGCGUGGGUCCUUUUGCUGCUUCAUGUUAUAGUCUUCCUGUAUUUUCGCUCUUGCGUUAACCACCUCCUUCGAAAGGCGGGAUUCGCUCAGAACAAGGCGUUUCUCAUGGCAAACUUGAACGUAAUUGCAAAAGAUGAAGCCAAAGCGUGGUUGAAUGAAGAAGCAGACAAAGCGCUGGAAAUAAUGAGUUUCAUUCAAGAGCAGCACGAGGAGAUCGAACUUGAACGUAUUCAACGUCAUCGUAAAUUUUACAAGACAGAAGGAAGAAUCGGAGCUUUCUUUCGCCAAGUGAAUGGUUUUAUGAGCCGCGACUCAAAAUCAAAGGAGAGGGAAAGUAUGAAUGGUGUCGUCCCAGGGUCACCGACUAUAAAUAUUCAGUACUUCUCCUACCAUGCGUGGCACGUCUCCGUCAUUCUACUUCUUAUCCUGAAUGGCUUCUUCAUCACAUUAUUUCUGCAGUGUGCUAUGUACGACUUGGAUGAAAUCUAUGAAGACUUUGGUGCGCUACCGACAGCAUUGGUUCCGCUUCCGCUUGUAUUGAAUGCUCUGUACUUCCAGCGUCAUAUCUUCUACGACUUCGUCAUCGUUAGCAGUACGCUUCGUAUCAAUUCCCACACACUUAGCGAUGUGAUAGAGAAUUUCAGUGAGAUUGUCCGACUACGGUCCGAGUUCGCAACCUCAUUGCUUCACCAAAUGACGCAACAAGAGCUCAGUAUCUCGGAUUUGAAAGAAGAGCUGAAAACGUACGAUCCGACUGCAUCCGGAUUCAUCGAUAUAGACGAUCUCCGAUCGGUCCUUGCGAAGUUUGGGUUUCGCUUAACGCGUUUCCGCUUCAACAGCGUCGUGAAGCUAUUGUUCGAGCUCGAAGGUACUGCUGUCACGUACGGGCAGGUACUUCGUCUUGUGGCGAUGGCUGAGAAUGAAAGUGAAAAUGAUAUUGCUAUACUCAGUGAGCACCCAUCCCAUCCGUUACUCCGGCCAAGCGUAAUGAUGUGCGAAAUUGCAGCACAGGCAAGUGCGCUUUCUCAAGCAGACUACAGCUUAUACGCUUCAGCCCGUUCACUGCAACCUAAUGUGGGAGGAGUGGAGUGUAACUUUGACGAAUCCGUGGGAGACAGUUUCGUAUUGCCACUUAUUUCUGAGCAAGAUGCAGUCAACCAUAAUGCUGGAGCUCAACAGCCAGUGGUGGUGCGCCCCAGUUUCAGCUCUCAUGCGCUGCACAGCAUGUUUAAUCUACAAAGCCUACCGGAUGACAGGAAGCGCUGCGAACUCUGA